AUGUUAAAGAAACCCCUGGUGAAAUCAAGUGUCCAAGCAACAGCAAUUACAUCAACUGCCGCAACCACAGCUACAGCUACAACACAGGCAGCCAUAGCAGCAAAUCAAGCAUACAAAUGUAACACGUCUGUGACAAAUGCAACUCCAUCGCCGCCACCACCACCCCUAAUGAGAGCACAUCAUCAUCGCUCUAUAACAGCAUUGCCAGCAAUUGAUUUGUACGAUAAUUAUGGUGCCUCAACACAUGUUCCUUCUAACAACUUUAAUACAAUGUCAUGCCGACGACAUGCCAAACAACAGCAGCAGCAAUUGCAACAACCCAUACAGCAUCAACAUCAUUCACACCAGCCGCCUCAAUCACACUCCCAACAGCAUGCUCAUCAGCAUCAGCAUCAACACCAACAACAGCAACAACAGCAGCAAUAUACGUGUUGUAGUUCCUACAAUAUAGACCAUCAUAAAAUGCAAAUGCCUUCUUCAUGUCUGUGUGGUAAACUCUACCAUCAACAGGUGCGACCUCAAGAAACUCUGGCGCCACCUCCACCAGCAACCCUGCAUACAGGCAAUCGUGGCUGUAAUCAUGGAUUUUAUUAUGCUCCCGAUUCUUGUGUACACCAGUAUGAGGAACAGGACUCUGGAUUUCCUGGCUUACGGGAUCAAGAAUUCUAUCUAUUGCAUCGUAAUAUACCAGCUUUAAGACGUACUGGCGUUGACACUAUUGGCAUACGGCAGCAUUUCUAUCCUGAUGGCGGUUGGGGCUGGAUAAUUUGUGGCAUGUCUUUUUUGGUGCAUAUUCUAACAACCGGCCUGCAAUUGUCAUACGGUUUGACGUUGUUUUAUGCCGUUCAGCAUAUACAGAAUGCUAAUGGAAAUGAAUGGUUGGGAGCGCUGAGUUGGUCGAUAUCAAUGUUAAUUUCACCAUUUGUGGAGACUAUCUGUCGUCGGAAAUCUACUAGACUUAUGGCUGUGGUAGGCGGUUUAAUUCUAUCCUUAGGAAUACUAUUUACAUCAUUUGCCACCGAGGUGGAUCAGGUUAUAUUCAGUUAUGGUUUUGUGUUUGGAAUAGGAGUGGCAAUGGUACGUGAAACUUCUACCAUAAUGCUGGGUAAUUACUUUAAGAAAAGAAGACUUUUUGUGGAAAUGGUGGCCAUGUCGGGUGAGGGUGUGGGUAUAGCUUUAUUUUCGGUACUAUUAAAAGAAGGAGUGGGAAAAAUGGGCUGGCGUUGUGGUUUACAAAUAGUGGCGGCCUUAACUUCUAUAAGCUUUUUUGUGGGUCUUUUAUAUAGACCCGCCUCCCUGUAUCAUCCCCAAAGAAGAGCCAUACAACAUUUAAAGAAUCAAAGGAAAAAGCUACGAGACCAUAAAAACAAUAAUCCUCCCGUGGAGCCUAAUAUUUUAAAGAAAUUAUUACAAGACAUAUCAAAUUUGAAGUCGGGCACGGUGAAAAUAUUAUUAUUGACCUCAGCGGUGGCCGCCUUAGGCAUAUAUACACCCAUGUUUACCAUGUCUUUAAAUGCUGCCAAAGAGGGAUCCGAUGUUCAAGAAUUGGUGCUAUUACAAACUAUGCUGGGCAUGUCUACCACAUUGGGAGUGGUCUUGGCGGGGGUCUUAAUAAGGCGGCCGUUUGUUGUACAUAAUUUUGUAUUGUCUACACCCAUAAUAUCACAGGUUUUCCUGGCCACUGUGGCCCUUUCGAUACUCUUCAUGUCAUUUGUGAUGGGCUACAAAGGCCUCUGCAUUCUAUCGGGUAUUUAUGGUGUGGGUUUUGGUGGCUUUCGUUUUUCUUUGAAAAUGUUGGCCCUGGAAAGAGUCAAAGUGAAAUUCUCGAAAACCUGGUCUUUCGUAAGAGGAAUUGAAGCCAUACCAGUGCUGAUAAGUGUACCUUUAACCAUAUUCCUCAACGACUACUCUCUAAAGUACGGACGAGCUGGUUACUAUAUAUGUUCAGCUGCUGCUGCUAUAGCCGCCAUUAUAAUAUUCUUCAUAGGUUACUCAACAUACCCACACAAUCCUUCACAAAGGUCGAAUAUGAAUGGUGCGGCGGCGCCGACUACACCGCGCUUGCGUUCCAUGUCCACGCAAUAUAUUAGGCAUCAGCCAGCAUUUACGGUGGACUAUACGAAAAGCAAUGGCUGUGAUUAUCCGGCCCCUGAUCUAAUAAAUCGUAGCUGUAUUAGUUUAAAUCAAUUGGGUGCUAGUUCUUCCUGCAUGUGCGAACCAAUGAGGCCUAUGUGUAAUUGCCAUCACCAUCCUACACCCUCUCAGCAGAGACGGCAUUUUAUGGGCGAUGUUAGUAGAACGCCAGGUGCUGGAGCUUUACAAACAGCUGACAUGCAGGCCCAUGAUCAUCGUUAUCCCUAUAUAUAUGACAAUGGUACGGGCAACUAUUUGCGACGUAGUCUUUCCUUUAUGCAAAAUGCCAACUGUUGUGGUUCCAAUCAAUUUCAGUUGCAAUGUCAAGCCAAUGUACAAUGGUCUAAUAGAGAUUUAAGAAUUGAUAAUGCCCAGCCUUUGCUGUGCACUUGUAGUCCUAACAGCUACUUUCAAAAUUGCAAAAGUCAAAGUGUACCCGAGGGCCUUUCGACCAUGGCGCAACAGUGCAAAUGUAAACCCCAGCCAUCACGCGAGUACAUCUAUGUGCCCCGCCAAUUAGCAGCCCAGCAACAGCAGCCGCAAACUCAACACUGUUCCUGUCAAAAUUUGGAUAAAUCUCUGGCCACAGCCACCACCACUACCACCACAAUAUCAGCCUCCAAUCAAUCGCGAAACAUUUUUAAAGACACUGGACCAGCACAUUCUACUGCUACAAUACCUAAAUGUAAACUCAAACGUUCACAAUCCCUGUCGAGACCUAUUACUUACGUUGAACAAAUGACCACAUCAGUGUAG